AUUCUUUGUCAUAAUUUUAAACGUCAUUUCGGAAGCCUUCAGGUCUUCGAUGAAUCCGAUUAAACUAUUUGUGUGUAGAUGUUUAAAUUGAUGACCAAUACAAUUAAACAGCACUUAAAAUGCAGAACAUCGGGUACGAGGGACCACUCAAGGAAAUUUAGGAAAACAAGAUACAGUAGUUCUUUAUGGGAAGAACUGCCAUUUAUUUAAACAUCUAUCUUAUAACGUAUGUUUAUUUGCAAGUGGGUAUAUCAAUUUCAAAAUUAUGGCGGGCUUCAAAAGCAUUACAACGGACAGAACAACAGUAUAUCGUGCAUUAAUCUUAUUCUAGCCCCGCUAAAUAUGCACGGAUGCGUAUUACUUCUUUCACACAGUUUUUAGAAGGAACUGUUUUUAAUUUACAUUUAAAUCGGUUCCGAUCCGGUUUGUUCUUAUUCGUGUAUUCAAAUAAUACUGCAUUCAUUUGAAACCACAUCAAUGUACGGACUUAUCAACUUAGACUAAUGAUCACUUCCCCUAAUCUGUAGCCAGUCAAUUUUAUGCUUUCUGAUAAACAAACGAUUUUAUAGUCCGAGAUGGCCUUUAUUCAAUGACUCUAUAUAGUUUGAAAAAUGUUUCAAAGAAAUACAAGCUGUAACAGUCAGGCUGGCUGGUGUCUCUCCUGCGCUCUAUCAUGUUCGUGGGCCUUCAGAUUCUCAAAAUGCUGCUGACAGCAGAAGGGACCCAGAAGACACAUCCUUCAGGAGUUUGCUAAGGAGUAAAUUGCAUCACCAUGCAAGCUGAAGACGGUUCCCAAGCAGCUGUCAGUAAUGCCGCCCAGGAACAGGGAACGACCAAGGGCCGCCCCCCCAACAAAAAAGCCUCCGUCAGUGAGAAGAGCCCAGACUACCUGGCACAGCGUUUCCAGGGAGAUGGGGUACGCUACAAGGCCAAACUCAUCGGUGUGGACGACGUGGCUGAAGCCCAGGGUGACAAAAUGUGCCUGGAUUCCAUGAUGAAGCUGAAGGGCCAGGAGAUAGCAGCGCGCCAGCGAGGACUUCACAAGCAAAGGGUGUGGCUGAAAGUCUCCGACACCUGCGUCCGAAUCAUCGAUGAGAAGACCGGGGCAGUGGAGCACAAGCACGAGCUGGAGAGGAUCAGCUCUGUGAAAAAGGACGACUCCCAGCCCAGAGCCUUCUCCUACGUCUAUGCACACGAGGGAACCUUCAAGUUGUUCUUCAUCAAGAUGGCCAAUUUAGCUGAUCCAGUUAUAGAAGAUAUAAAAGAUGCCUUCCAGAUAGCAUCUGCUGAAAGAUCAGAGACGUUGUCCACACAACAGAAUGGUCCCUGCCUUCUUCUAGAUGAGCAUGUGGCUAUUCCACCGAAGGGCCUUGACGUCAUAGAUCUCUUCAAUCCUCUGCCUUCUUCUCCAGCUCAGCUUUCUGCCUUGACUUCAUGUCAAGAUGAGCUUAACAGUGUCUUCAAUGGAACGCCUGCAACUUCAACUUUGGAAGCAGCAUCUCUAGCACCAACUCACUGGACCUCUUGUUCAGCAACAGGCUUUUUGGGCCAGUCAGCAAAGGCCAAUCUAACAGCCUGGGGCCCUGCAGGACAGCCCAGUGUCACAUCACCGGGGUCCCUUGGCCCCUGGGGCUCAGCAGGACAGCCCAGUGUCACAUCACCGGGGUCCCUUGGCCCCUGGGGCUCAUCAGGGCAGCCCAGUACCCCAUCACCGGGGUCCCUUGGCCCCUAUGGCUCAGCAGGACAGCCAAGUGUCACAUCACCGGGGUCCCUUGGCCCCUGGGGCUCAUCAGGACAGCCCAGUGUCACAUCACCGGGGUCCCCUGGCCCCUGGGGCUCAUCAGGGCAGCCCAGUACCCCAUCACCGGGGUCCCUUGGCCCCUAUGGCUCAGCAGGACGGCCCAGUGUCACAUCACUGGGAUCCCCUGGCUCCUGGGAUCAGCAGCAGACUGUGUCUGGAAGGGGUCAGCCCAGCAUGGAGCCACAAACAGGUACACAGCCGCUUGGCUUGUGGACUCAGCCAGCUGGGUCGAUGGCCCGGGUGACAGCCGGCUUCUUCGCUACUGUUGGCGAAGUCUCCAGCUCUGGAGAAAUGAUGUUCCCACAACUCAGUGUGGCCUCAACGUCUGACCAACAUGCAGCGCUGCAGAACCAUCCAGCACAAGCAGGUCUGCAGCCGCAGACCUUUGGAUAAAUAAUACAACAUGGAAGAUAACAGAAAAACAUUAUGACUCCUUACGGAAUGCAGUAGAGGAAUGACGUGAUGGGGGGGGGUGCCUUCAGAGUUAUUUUUAAUACAAAUAUUGGUUUCUGAUUUUAUUUACUUAUUAACAGUGCUGCAUGGAGCAUGCACACGCUGGCAGGUCACGUGUAUCACCUCCUGCAGCUCAGAGCGCCAGCCUUGCCCCCCACCCCUUCCCGGGGGAACUCCAUACCCCUGUGAUUCAAGCCAGGAUCAGCAAUUACAACAUGGGUUCAUUAUGGGAUUUUUUUUUUUUUAAUACGCGGUUAAGGUGACGUUCAUUUUAAAACAGCAUUACAUCAAUGGUUACUUUCUGUGGAAUUAAACAGAAUUAAACUGUAUGAUAAAUAUUUCAUAAAUAGAGAGAUAAUCAACUGGGAAAAUGAUGGUUUGAUGGAUACGAUUUAUAGGUUAUAUUUGGUGUUCAAAUUCUGAAAAUGUCAUUAUAAUCCUCACCAGGAGAUUUGGUGGAAAAAUGAUGAUAAAAUAUUUAAGACAGAUCGUGCAUUUGUUUAAUUGUCAAUAAUAAGUUUGUAUUUAUUAGAUUACAUGGAUGAGAGUGACAGAGUGAUCAGCGAUCAGUGCUUUUAUCAAACACUGGCGACGUGAUCGGCGUUGUGCCGGCCAGAUGGGCUGCCGUUCUUUCCUUCAAACAAGAAGGUUUACUGUCUGACACCCCUACAUUGGUGAAGCUGGCAUCCAACACCACACUCAGAACUCUAUACAUUUUACAUGAAACAAGACAAAAAUCUCCUUUCCCAUUUCUAAGAUACAGACCCUUACAGGCUCCAGACUAAUUUCUUGCACUGGUUGCGCUGGUGCGCCUACAGUAACUUUUUCAUGUAGGUGCAUCCAAACUUUUCACGUCUUUAGCGCCGCAAUGAUAGCUUACCUUUUUGUCACUUUCCAGACACAGUGGUCGUGAUGUGAAUGACUGUACACAGGAAUAAAGGAACACGGAGA